AUGCCCCGGGGACACGCUUGGCUGAACUAUAUCGGCAUCCUCCUUGGCAUGGCCUUGGGGAACGAGGGCUUGGAGGUGUGGCCGUUGACCCAGGGUGAGGAGUGCACCUUCACGGGCUACCUGCGGGACAAGCUGCAGUACAAGAACCGGCUGCAGUACAUGAAAUACAACUUCCCCAUCAACUACAGGAUCAGCGUGCCUUACGAGGGGGUGCUCCGAGUCGCCAACAUCACCAGGCUGCAGAGGGCCCGGGUGAGUGAGCAGGAGCUGCGGUACCUGUGGGUCUUGGUGAGUCUCAAUGCCAUCGAGUUGGUGCAGGACGUGCUGCUCAAAGACCACCCAUCCUGGAAGUACCUGGAUGAGGUCGAGACGCUGCUGGUCACUGUCCAGCAAGGCCUUAUGGAUGUGGAGGCCAGCCCUGAGGUGGAGGCAGUGCUGUCCCUCCUGAGUGCCCCGGGGCUGAAGCUGGUGCGGCCCAAAGCCCUGCUGGACAACUGCUUCCGGGUCAUGAACCUGCUGUACUGCUCUUGCUGUAAGCAAAGCUCCCUCCAAAUCUGGCAGGACUGUGAGGUGCCAAGCCCUCAGCCCCGUGGUCUACAGCCCCCGUCACAGUGUGCAGCCGCUCGGCUGUACCCUCCGCCCCAGCAACCCCCCACCUCCCUGCCGGGCUUCCCGGGCGCAGUGGAGCAGGUGAGGGCGCAGGAUGAAGGCCUCCUGCCCUGA